GGGGUGAGGGGCGGGGCCAAGGCCCGGCUGGCGACGGCGACGGCGACGGGCGUCGGAACUCGCUGGAAGACUCGGCUCAGAGCUGCUCAACAGUUCGCAAAGUCCGGGCUCACGGACGCGUGGCUCCGUGUGCGCCCGGGCGGCGCUGGGGCGCGGGGGGCCCCGGGCUGCUGCAUGGUGGGCGGCCCGGGACAUGCCCCGCUCCCCCACGCCGGACGCCCGCGUGCCUCCGCCAGUUGCGACUGCUCCGGACUCUGGGACUAGAUCGACCGGCGCCCUAACUUCUGACUUUGGGGUCCCCCAGCCCUAGAGGAACGGGCAGCUCGGCUGGGGGAGCCCCGGGCAUGGUGUGACGGGGCGGGCGGCGUGGCUGCGCCCCCCACUGCGGCCACUCGUGGUCCCCGCGCCUUCCGUCAUGUAGCUGCUGUCCCCGCUCCCCUCCGCCUCCAGCCGCAGUCUCCGCGACCUCCGGCCUCCAGCCGCCAACUCUUUGUCCCCCAGGAUCCCGCCGCGGUCUUCGCGUCCUCGGGAUUGCAGCCGCCGUCUCUUCGUCCUCCGGAUUCCAGUUUCGCCACUCCGGCUGCCUUCGCGCCCCUGGGACACUAGCCACGGUCCCUGCCAUCUCCCCAGGAUCCAGCCACCGCUCCUGCGCUCCCCCCCACCCGCCCAGCCCACCCUACAGCCGUCGUCUCCACUCUCCAGCCAGUCUAGACUGCAGUCACAGUCUCCGCGUCUCCCCCAAGCCCAGACUCCAGCCGUGACCUCCGCGCCCCCGGGAAUCCAGCUGUCGCGCCGCUGGCCGCAGGUGCAGCAGCCGCCCCGCGCCGCGCGCCCCGAGUGCGGCCGGGCCUCGGCGGGGAGAUGAACGCGCAGCUGGACGGCCUGUCGGUGAGCUCGUCCUCCACCGGCUCGCUGGGCUCGGCGGCCGCGGCGGGCGGCGGCGGGGGCGCGGGGCUGCGGCUGCUGUCUGCCAACGUGCGCCAGCUGCACCAGGCGCUCACGGCGCUGCUGAGCGAGCCCGAGCGGGAGCAGUUCACUCACUGCCUCAACGCGUACCACGCGCGCCGCAACGUCUUCGACCUGGUGCGCACCCUGCGCGUCCUGCUGGACAGCCCGGUCAAGCGGCGUCUGCUGCCCAUGCUGAGACUGGUCAUCCCGCGCUCUGACCAGCUGCUCUUCGACCAGUAUACGGCCGAGGGCCUCUACCUGCCCGCCACCACCCCCUAUAGGCAGCCCGCCUGGGCCGCUCCCGACGGCGCGGGGCCCGGGGAGGUGAGGAUCGUGAGCCUGCGACGCGCCAAGGCCCACGAGGGCUUGGGCUUCAGCAUCCGCGGGGGCUCGGAACACGGCGUGGGCAUCUACGUGUCACUAGUGGAGCCGGGCUCCCUGGCAGAGAAGGAAGGGUUGCGGGUCGGGGACCAGAUUCUGCGCGUCAACGAUAAAUCUCUAGCCCGGGUGACCCACGCGGAGGCUGUCAAGGCUCUCAAGGGCUCCAAGAAGCUGGUGCUGUCUGUGUACUCAGCUGGGCGUAUCCCCGGGGGCUAUGUCACCAACCACAUCUACACCUGGGUGGACCCCCAGGGUCGCAGCACAUCCCCUCCCUCCAGCCUGCCCCAGCCCCAUGGCAGCACCCUGAGACAGCAGGAGAAUGACCGGAGGAGUGCCCUACACCUCCUGCAGAGUGGAGAGGAGAAAAAGGUAAACCUGGUGCUGGGGGAUGGCCGGUCCCUGGGCCUCACAAUCCGAGGUGGAGCUGAGUAUGGCCUUGGCAUUUACAUCACUGGUGUGGACCCAGGCUCCGAAGCAGAAAGCAGUGGGCUCAAGAGCUGUGUGCCCAGUACUUCACAUGCAUCAUUUCAUGCUUCCUGGUGGAGUGAGGUUGGGGACCAGAUUCUGGAGGUGAAUGGGCGGAGCUUUCUCAGCAUCUUGCAUGACGAGGCGGUGAAGCUGCUCAAGUCAUCCCGGCACCUCAUCCUGACGGUGAAGGACGUUGGAAGGCUGCCCCACGCACGUACCACCGUGGACCAGACCAAGUGGAUUGCCAGUUCCCGGAUUGGGGAAAGCACCACCAAUUCAGCAGGGUUUCCAGGGGACCUCACAGAAGAAGGGACAAGCAAGCCAGGAUUUUACAAGGGCCCAGCUGGCUCCCAGGUGACCCUGAGCAGCCUGGGGAAUCAGACACGUGCAUUUCUGGAUGACCAAGCCCGGCACCUGCUGACAGAGCAGGAGCGUGCCACCAUGAUGUACUACCUGGACCAGUACCGUGGUGGCGCCAUCUCUGUGGAGGCCCUGGUCAUGGCACUGUUUGAAUUGCUCAACACACAUGCCAAGUUCUCUCUCCUGUCUGAGGUGAGGAGCACCAUCUCACCCCAAGACCUGGACCGCUUUGACCACCUGGUGCUGAGGCGGGAGAUAGAGUCCAUGAAGGCGCGGCAGCCCCCAGGCCCUGGUGCUGCAGACACCUACUCCGUGGUAUCCUACAGUGACACAGGAUCAUCCACAGGCAGCCAUGGCACCUCCACGACUGUCAGCUCAGCCAGGGAGCGGCUGCUGUGGCUUAUAGACCUGAUGGAGAACACGUUAGACCUAGAGGCAACCGGUGAGACCACCCAAGGCAGCGUUAACACCCUCCAGGAUGUGUCUGUGGACGAUGUCAAAUCUCCCUCAGAAGAUCUGUCCGGCAUCAAGCCACCUCCUCCCCCACCACCACUGGCUCAAGAUCAAGACCACCGGCUUGGCCAGACACGGAAGCCAGGGAGGGAGGACCCUGCACCUCUGUCUUCUGCUGCCCACUCAGGCAUUGUCUUCUCAGCACCCCGGAAUCGAAGCCCACCGCUGGGCGCUGCACCCACCCCAGGGCCCUCCUCAGCACAGGACUCGCCCUCUUCUCCCAUUUACGCCUCCAUCUCCCAUGCCAACCCCAGGUCUAGGAAGCCGCUGGACACCCACCUGGCCCUGGUUAACCAGCACCCCAUCGGCCCCUUCCCUCGGGUCCAGUCCCCACCACACCUGAAGAGCCCUCCUGCAGAGACCCCAGGGGCUGGGGCCUGCCUUCCACCACCAUCGCCCUCUGACCACCCCGACCCUGUGGGUGCAAACCAGCACUUCGUCCUGGUGGAGGUGCACCGUCCGGACAGCGAGCCUGAUGUGAAUGAAGUACGGGCUCUGCCCCAGACACGCACAGCCUCCACACUCUCUCAGCUCUCAGACAGCGGGCAGACUCUAAGUGAGGACAGUGGUGUGGAUGCUGGGGAGACAGAGGCCAGCACCUCAGGCCGAGGCAGACAGACAGCAUCCACUAAGAGCAAGAGUGGCAAGGAGCUGCCCCGGACGGAGAGGACCACAGAGGGUGCCAAUAAACCCCCUGGCCUCCUGGAGCCAACAUCCACUCUAGUCCGUGUGAGGAAAAGUGCAGCCACACUGGGCAUCGCCAUUGAGGGUGGGGCCAACACACGCCAGCCUCUGCCCAGGAUUGUCACAAUUCAGCGAGGAGGUUCUGCCCAUAACUGCGGGCAGCUCAAGGUGGGCCACGUGAUUCUGGAAGUGAACGGGCUGACGCUUCGGGGUAAGGAGCACAAAGAGGCUGCCCGAAUCAUCGCUGAGGCCUUCAAGACCAAGGAGAGAGACUACAUCGACUUCCUGGUCACUGAGUUCAAUGUGAUGCUCUAGGGGUGGGGUUAAGGUCAAGACUAUAGGACAGGGUCACAGGCAGACUCCCCAUCCUACCCCGACACAUACACCCUGCCUGGUCCCCUGGCCCAGACUAGGAGAAAAAGAGAACCAGACAAGGCAAGCAAAGAGUCAGGUCCAAAUCUGUGUGCCAGACACACAGUAGGAGCUCAAUAAAACCACAUUAGCAAAGGGAAGGAAGGCAGAGCACCUUUCUCUGGGCCGGAUAAGGGUGCUGCCACCCUCAGAUGCCUAGGUCUUUGGCUAUAAGGUCACAGGAGAGUUCACGGACUGCUCCCUGCUGGGGGACCUUCAGUGCCACAAAUGAGCCGCCAGCACGCCUGUUCACACCAGUUGCACCCCCUUCCUCCUAGCUCAGUGUCCCUAGGGUAUUUAUUUAUUUAUUUCCUUUCCUGCGCUUCAGGGGACUCCAGGCCCCAGAUCCCCUUUGCACCCCCAGCCUAUCCCAGAGGCCUUGCAGGCGACCAGCAAUGUCAGUGUAUUUAUAUACAGAGCUUAUGACUUUAAUUUUUCAAUAAAGAAAUCUGAACAAGGUUA